CAAAUAUUCUAGAAGCUAAACGUAACUGGUUUUUAUUAUUUAACAUUACGAGAGAUAAUUUUAGUAAACGAAAUAACUUCUAUGAAUGGAUGUUUAAAAUUAUUUUUUAAAAAAUAAGAAGGAUUUGAUUGGUUUAACAUCUAGAACAUUUGCUGCGUUGUGUGAACUAUUUUUAGAAGAUAUUUUUGGCUGGCACACAUCAUCAUCAAGAUGGCUGAGAUACAAGGGUGGCAAUCAAUGACAACAUCGAUAUUCGAUCGAACUUCGUAUCUGCUUAGAAAGGGAAUGUAUUCAGAUGUAAAAAUAAUUACGGGAAGAAGUAGUAAUAAAAAGUGUUUUGAUGUCCACAAAUUGUUUCUAGCUAUGGCUAGUGACGUAUUUGCUGCCAUGUUUUAUGGUUCUUUAGCGGAAAAUAAAUCUGAAAUCGAACUUCCUGACGAAGAUGCGGAUACGUUCGAAGCCGUACUUAAUUAUAUAUAUUCAGAUCUUUGGGAGUUAUCAUCCGUCUCUCGGGCUCUGCAAGUGUAUAGAUUUGCAGAACUUUAUAAUAUGCCCCAUCUCAAAGAACAAUGUAGACGUUACAUAAAAGAUAGUAUACAUUCGUCAGUAUCAUGUGCUGUCUAUGAUAUGGCAUCCCUUCUUCGAGACGACGAUCUGAAAGAGAUUAGUUGGCAAAUGAUUAUCCAAGAAACUGUAGAUGCUCUUCAAUCGGAUGAUUUUUUAACCAUUACUCCAAAUUCUUUAAAAGAUAUAGUGCAGCAUGAUAAUUUAAAUAUUUCCGAAAUCGAACUGUUCCAGGCUAUAAUGCGUUGGACUUGGUUUCAAUGCGAACGUUUGUCGGAACAACAGCAAAGGGAAAUGGAUGAAGUGACUUCUCAUAGCACUUUGCGCGAUUUGACUGAUGAUCUAUUACCAUACGUCCGUUUUUUAGCGAUGUCCCCAGAAGAGUUCACCAACGGUCCAGCAAAAAGUGGAAUUUUGACAUCUGAUGAAUCAUUCGCCAUCCUCGCUACAAUAGUUAAUCCCGGAUCUACAAUGUUACCAGCUUGGUGUAGUUCUGACAAAAUGACAAGAUGUGAGGGCUCUUCGAAAGAAAACCAAACUACUCAAUCACUCAUUACUGCUAGGUGUACCAAUUGGUUUUCUAUAACGGAGCACUUAAGACCGAUUCGAGCAAAAUUUAAAAUACGACAUAGAGACGUUCAUCUUUUAGGGGGAACUUUUUUCUUACAGUCGCGAUCGUCUCGUUAUAACACAAUUUCUUUCGAUUUUAAAGUAAUUGUGGGUGAAGAUCCAGAGAGAUUGGUUUCUGUAGUCCAGUACGAAGAUUUCUGCAUAUCUGGAAGGGCAAAUCAUCGCAUAAUGCUUUCACAGUCCGUAUAUUUAACGGAGGGGGACGUUUGUUCUAUGAUUAUUGUAUUUAAAAAAGGUGACGAACCAAGUUGGAAUUUCGUGCAAUGUGUUGGAAGUUUAGUUCCAGGUAUUUUUUCUGUUGAUGGUACAGAAUUUCAAAUGUAUCAUGUCGAUGAUGGAGAAUCGCAUUUUCAUGAAAUUUAUCUAUCACCCGCGUAAUAAAUAAUAAUAAUAAUAAUAAUAUUUUUGUAUCACAUUUCAGUUGUAUUUAAAGCAACAGAAAUAAUUAUUUUGUAACAGGUGCUUAAAAAUAAAUCUGCAUUAACAGAAAGAUUAUUUAUAUUUAAUGUUAAGAAAUGAUUGUAUGAAACUGUAAUUGUUAAUUGGUCGCUUCUUAAGUUUAUAUGAUUUUACAAUUAUAAAAUAGAAAUAUUUGGAAAGUCAUAUAGAUUAAUAUUAACUUUAAGUAACUAAGACAACAAUAUUGUACAAUCAGUUCGAUAUUGUUAUACUUGUUAUUACUAGUAUCAAUAUUGAUUCAUUUUAUAAAUUAUAAUAUGCAAGUUAGCAUUAAAUAUGAAUUUUAAUAAGAUAAAUGCGGAUA